UGAAUGUGCAGAGAACAACAAGGACAAAGACUCUGCAUUGUCCAUUAUGACUGAGCUGAAAGAUGGAUGCUUUUAUCCUAGGCUCAUUAGUUUCCCAGCAGCCUCACUAUUUUAGCCUUGAUGGCUGUGGCUAAUGUUCAUUCAUAGAGUGAGGCAAACAAAACAAAAUAGGUGUAUUGAAAUGUAUGGUAAUAAUUCAAACAUUUGCAAAUGUAAUACAUGAGUCAUGUGGCUAUUUUUGCUGCUACACACUUCCUGUGUACAUCAAAUACAAGGAAGCAAUGCAUAAUGAACUGUGAGGAUGUCGCCACCUGCUGCUAGAGUAAGGGAAAUGCUUUCAUUAGCGUUUUUCUUUUGCCUCCUGAAAACAUAAUUUAUUGAUAAAAUGUAAAUGUUUGAGCUAUCAUAAUGUUUUUUCAGAUAAACGUUGCAAAUCUGCAGGGGAUAGCUUUUCAUCCAUCCAGGGUACCAGCAGGACAUUGAUGUAAUAUAAGAUGCAUGAGAAUACUCUUCACAUUGCCUAACUGUAGGGUUCCUGCAGGCUUAUUUAUAUGGAUGAGUCAUGUUAUUUUAAAAGCUCAAACAGAUGCUCUAGUUAAUGGACUUUUUAAGUGAGGAGCUUGUUAAUAAAAAGCUGCCUCCUUGUUUCCAGUAUUAUAGCUGCCAAGCACAUUCUUGUAGUGAAAGAAAAUGAUUUCCCUCCCAAUGGGCUUAAUUUCUUUCCCUUUUUUUUGCAUUGAACCUCUUAUUGUUGCGGUGCAUUAAUGCCUUUGCUCUUAUCAUUGCUCACAAAACUCACUGCCACCCCUGCCUCCACUCAAAAACUUCACCCACAUCACCCAUCUGAACCUCAUCCCCUCACCCACCCAGACUCAGACAGCCUCUACAGCUCCACCCGCCUCAGCCUGUCAGAUGGGUCAGAGGACCAGCUGGAUCGCCUCCAGCAAGUGGAGCUGGCCAGGAUGACGCCCAUGUCUCAGUGGAGGGCUGGCACCGUUCAGGCCUGGCUGGAGGUUGUCAUGGCAAUGCCUAUGUACAUCCGCACCUGCUCGGAAAAUGUCAAGAGCGGAAAGGUCUUACUGGGACUAACGGAUGACGACCUGGAGCUGGGUUUGGGCGUCAACAGUUUAAUGCACCGCCGGAAACUUCGCCUGGCCAUAGAGGAUUACAGAGAGGCUGAGAAUGGCAAAGAGCUGUCAAAGGCUGCAGAUUUGGACCAUCACUGGGUGGCCAAGGCCUGGUUAAGUGACGUGGGAUUGCCUCAGUACUCCCAGGCUUUUCACACUCACUUGGUGGACGGGCGAAUGCUGAACUCCCUGACCCGCCGUGACCUAGAACGUCACCUCAACAUCACCAAGAAGUUCCAUCAGGUCAGCCUGUUGCUGGGCAUCGAACUGCUGCAGUCGCUCGACUUCAAUAAAGAGGUGCUGCAGGCUCGUCGGACACAGUGUGAGCACCAGAAUGAGGAUCUGCUUGUAUGGACGUCUCAUCGCGUCAUGAAAUGGAUCAAAGAUAUUGACCUCAAGGAAUACGCUGACAGCCUCCUCAGUAGUGGAGUUCAUGGAGCUGUUAUGAUGCUUGACCCGUCUUUCAACACUGACUCACUGGCUACAGCACUGGGAAUUCCCAGCAACAAACACAUGGUCCGGCGACAUCUUGAUGAGGAGAUGAUGGCACUGAUCGGCUCAGCCAGAGCAAAUACACAGCAAACUUAUGAUCUUUCAGGUGCGGUAACUCCACCUACGCUGCUUCGGCAGAACUCUCUGACCAGACCUCCCAGCUCUCACACCCGACACACUGAUGACGAGGGUUCUUUAAGAAGAAGGGCUGUGAAGCCUCCAAUAGGGCUCAGUCCCAAAAAGCGGGGUGGGCGGGACUUGAGUUGCCAUAGCAGUUUUGGCUCCUUACCACGGGAAGUUCGAGAUCACACUCCCUCCAGAUCCGAAGGUAGCCCAAUCCGAGGAUACUCCAGCAUCGAGAUCACAAACGUGUGAUGGCAAUAGAGCUGAAAAUGCAGUGAAUACUCUGCUACAUAUACAGGACAGAUUGCACUUUGAAUAAAAGAGUAUGUUUUUUUUUCUUCAUUUAAGUCAAUUGUGCACAAGCAAAACAGCUAUUUGCUGGUUUGGACUGUCGCUUCUUUUUGCUCCAAUGUCAAAGAACUGACAGACUUAUUUUUCUAUUAUGUGUAUUAAUGUUUCUUGGUGGUUUGUUUAUGUUGACUAACACUGACAGUCAAACUGAUUAUUCUACCCAAAGAAUUGACUCUUUGUAUUAUACAGACUACUUAACAAUUAAUAAAAGAAAAAAGAUUACGGUGUUAAAUGCUCUUGUUUCGUUCUGUUCUCUCCGUUGUGACACCUUCUUAAUGUGGUGGACAGUUGAGAAAAAUCUAAAUAAAAUUUGUAAGUUUUUAUGUGUAAAAUUUUUUAUGUACAAUAACACCAUUGUGUCUGAAGAAAUGUAGCACCUCCUUUGGAGAUCUAUCCCAUGCAGUAAAUAUUUCAAUGCCAACAACAGAUGUGUGCUGUAAUAAAAUGAAAUGAAAGUUUUGAAAAUGAAAGGAUAAAGAAUGUUUGUGAUAAAAUAAAGAUCAUAAUUCAAAUACAUCUGGACCAGUGAAAGUAAUUUUUCAAAUAAUACAAAAAAAAGCAGAUGUUUCUCAAACACACAAUGAGAUGAAACUACAUUUCCCUUGCAGUGUUAUUGAUGAAGUAAUAUGAUCCUUCAGAUGAAGGGAGAUUAAACAGGAUGGGACCAUCAUCUGUUAUUGUUUGACAACCAAGAAGCAGGAGGAGUUAAAGAAAUCAAAAGUUUUGUUUUAGCUAGAGCUUUUGAAUCUGUUGUCAGUGAAUAAUUAAAAGAGUACUUGACCUCAAACACUGUUUAUCUAGUUUUUGAUCUGGUAUUACAUCUUUGAAGAUCUUUCACAUUGUAGGUCACAACUUAAUGAUAAAGAGAGUAUCUUAUAGAUGAGUUCCUGAGCACUCUACAGCUAUUUAACAGAUCCCAGUAUAUAAAAUCAGAUGGUAUUAUGUCCACAAGCGUUAACAUCUUGGAGGGUGUUACUCAAUUGCCAAUUCUUGGAUCACUGGUUUUUAUAAUCCACAUUAAUAAUGCUACUCAAAUUUUCUCCAACACUAUUUUUUUUUUUAUCUGAAUGUUGAUGAUACAUUUGUUUUUCUGGUAGCACACAAGAAGUGGUACUCCCCAAACUCAAUAAAGCCUUCAGUACUGUACAACAGUGGUCCCCAACCACCGGGCCGCGGA